AUGGGAAUAUUUAACGAACAAUCGUUUGAUCAUCCUUUUGCUAAAGGUAUUCCUGGUGCGCCAGGAGUAGGAUUUAGUCUAACCGCGGAUGGUAAUUAUGAUAUGAAUAAAAAGAAACUCACAAAUGUAGGUGCACCAAGUAAUAAUACAGAUGCUGCAACUAAGAAAUACGUAGAUGAUAAUUCCAGUGGUUCGCCCUCGACAUCAAGAUUGACAGUUAAUUCAAAUAUUGAUAUGAAAGAUCAAUUUCGUAUUCUUAACCUCAAACAACCAGUUGACUCAGAUGAGCCAGCCACAAAAAAAUAUUCUGAUAGCACAUUUCUUGAUAGAAAUGGAACUUACCCAAUGAAAGGAAAUCUUAAUAUGGAUAAUUAUCGGAUAUUUAAUUUACCAACUCCAACGGGUCCAAAACAACCAACACCAUUAGCUUUCACAGAAUUGAAAUAUCUCCACGUUUCUGGAACAAAUAAAAUGUUAAAUAAUCUAAACAUGGAUAAUAAAAAAAUAAUUGGUCUCGCAACUCCUACAUCAAACACAGAUGCCGCAACCAAAAAGUAUGUGGAUGAUGACGCAGGUAGCACAGAUCUAAGUGAUUACUUGAAAAAAGAUGGUACUGUUGCUAUGACAGGUAACUUAAAUCUUGGAAACAAAAAAAUAGUUGGUUUAGCAACUCCAUCAUCAAAUACAGAUGCUGCAACUAAGAAAUAUGUAGACGAUGCCAAAGUAGAUGGAAGUGACUUUUUAAAAUUAGAUGGAACAAGAUCAAUGACUGGGAAUUUAAAUAUGGACCAGAAAAGAAUAACUCUUUUAGGUGAUCCUUUAGCGCCUCUUGAUGCAGUGCCAUUGUAUUAUGCUUCAACAAAGUAUCUUAAUCUUGAUGGAUCAUUUGCUAAAAUGACUGGAAAUAUAGACAUGAACAACAAUCGAAUAUUUAAUCUUCCAGCUCCAAAUAAUAAUAAUCAACCAACAACAUUAGUUUUCUCAGAUACGAAGUAUCUUCAAGUUGCUGGAACAAAAAAAAUGACUAAUAAUCUAAACAUGAACAAAAAAAAACUAGUUGAUUUAGCAUCUCCAACAUCUAACACAGAUGCCGCAACAAAAAAGUACGUGGAUGAUAAUUCAAGUGGUUCGUCCACAACAUCAGGAUUAACAGUUAAUUCAAAUAUUGAUAUGAAAAAUCAAUAUCGUAUUACAAAUCUUAGCACACCACUGGAUGGAAAAGAACCUCCUACUAAAGAUUAUGUAGACAAUACAUUUCUUGACAGAGAUGGUUCUUACCCAAUGAAAGAUAAUCUAAACAUGGAUAAUAAUAAAAUAAUUAAACUUGCUACUCCAACAGCUAAUGAUGACGCAGCAACCAAAAAGUAUGUGGAUGAUAACACAGCUGCCCCAGAUCUAAGUGAUUACUUGAAAAAAGAUGGUACUGUUGCUUUGACAGGUAACUUAAAUCUUGGAAACAAAAAAAUAGUUGGUUUAGCAACUCCAACAUUAAACACAGAUGCCGCAACCAAAAAGUAUGUGGAUGAUAACGCAGGUGCCCCAGAUCUAAGUGAUUAUUUAGAAAAAGAUGGUUCAGUCACUAUGACUGGGAACCUUAAUGUUGGUAAUAAUAAAAUAACACAUCUUAGUAAGCCAACCCAAGACAAUGAAGCAGCAACCAAAAGUUAUGUUGACAAUCUAGUACAACAUGCCACAAUACAACCAAGUCAUUACAAAGACCAGUUUGCUUAUCUAAUGACAAGCGCAUCUCAAUGGACUGAUGAAAUAGAUACCAGGACUAGUUUUGUUAUAAAAAGCACAGGAGAUUUAGGACCAAAAAAUGGAAAUUUUCAUGAUUAUAACCUCAAAGUUAUUAAAAUGGGAAUAAAUAAAGAUUCACAAGGAGGUUAUAAGUAUAAAAUGGGAAUCAACUUUUACAGGUUAACUAAAAAUACUGAUUACACACUGUGUUUGGAAAUACUUAACUCUGAAUACGCUCUAUGGCAUAAGUCCCAAAUAAGCGUAGACAAAGGAAGUUCAACAGGAUUAUCAAUUGGUAAUGUUAGUAUAAGGAAACUUUCCCAUAGGUAUAUACAAUCAAAUGGGACUCCAGAAUUUAUGUAUUACCAUAGAAUAAUAGUCAAUUUCCGGAAGUUGUCAACUGGUAAUAAGUUCUUUCUUCAUUUUUUGGUUAAUAUACCACAAGAUGGAAUUGACUUGGCUGUUUAUCCUAACCAGUUUCUAGGAGUUUAUAUAAUUGCUUAUGGAAUUGUAGGAACAUUUAGCAAUAUCGAUCCAGAUAAAGUUUAUGACUUUCACACCGCGUAUGAUAUCAAACCAACAGAAGUGACGUACAAUGUUGAUAUUAAUGUAAAUCAACGUUCAAUCAAAGGUAUUAAACUUGAUCCAAAUGACAAAAGCAGUGCUGCCACAAUGGGGCAGAUUGAGGCCAUGACCAAAUUUACUAUAAACAAUCUUUAUAGAAAUUAUUUUCAAGAAUUUUAUGACUUUUCUAAUGCGGAUAGUUAUGGAAUAAAUAUAGGUUCAUCUGGAGUUAUUAUUAAUUCUGUAGAGCCUAAUAUUACUCUACCACCAAAUAAAGACCUAGAUGAAAUAAAAAAAGAUGGUUUAAAUGUUAAUGGUUACGAUGUUACUUUUUCUCCUACACAUUCUUCGAAAUCUACUUUAUGUAUUGUUUUUACUCAUUGGAGAAAUAGGAGUUUUACCCUAACUAAAUAUUUAUCAACAAACAAUAAUAUUUUAGUAAAAUUAAACUAUGAUAAAACAAACAAUAAAGUAACUUUAACUGUCAAUAGAGCAACUCAAAAUUUUACCAUGCUAAGUGAAUUUAGUGGAAAAAUAAUUGUAUUAUGGCUAACAGAAAAUUUUGAUUCAAAUGUUACAAAAGUUAAAAUAAGUAACUAUAGCGCAACAUCAACUAUACCAGCCGUUCACUACGAUGUUAAUCAACGUUGGAAGUUUACAACUGAAGAUGGAGUGUUAAAUAAAUUAAUGUACUCUCCAAACUUUUACGAUGACGACUCUGAGCAAUAUCAUAAAGUAAUGAUUCAAGAAAAGUUAAAUGGAAGUUAUAUAGUUUAAGGGGGUUAAUGAUUCAAGAAAAGUUAAAUGGAAGUUAUAUAGUUUAAGGGGAACCUACGGUUCCCCUAACACCCCUCCCUUAGCUACGCCGCACUAAUAUAAACAAAAGAAUAAAAUGAAGGAUAAAAUGAAGGAUAUCUUUGAAUUUAAUCACAUUGAUAAAUCUCUCUCAGAA